CGGUCCACAAAAUCCGACCCAUCUCACCGUCCGUCCGUUUAGCAGCGCGCAAAUCCAACACUAUCUUCAACAGUUCACCACAACUAAAAAAAUAAAAACGCCGAUACGGAAGCGUUUCGGUUGACGACUGACAAACAGAAACCAUGAGCGCCCAAUUGCGAGAAGACGACGACGAGUCGUCGAAGCUGCGAGACGACGCGGACGAUGACGAAGCCAACCGCCUGCUGCAGCCGCAGUCCCUGUCGCUGUCGUCGUCGACAUGGGACGACGACGAGGAGGUGGCGUUCGAGGCGCGGGAGAAGAUCCUGAUCGUCGACGAUGCCGUCGACGACGAAUCCACGGCGGUCCCGCCUUUUUCGUGGAAGAAGCUGUGGCUGUUCACCGGACCGGGUUUCCUGAUGAGCAUAGCGUUCCUGGAUCCGGGCAAUUUAGAAGGGGAUCUCCAGUCGGGCGCGAUUGCCGGUUACUCGCUGCUAUGGCUUUUAAUGUGGGCCACCGCCAUGGGACUGCUGGUCCAGCUGCUCUCUGCCCGGGUCGGGGUCGCGACGGGUCGGCAUUUGGCGGAGCUCUGUAGGGAGGAGUAUCCGAAAUGGGCCGUGUUGGUGCUCUGGUUCAUGGCGGAGCUAGCGUUGAUUGGGGCGGAUAUUCAGGAAGUGAUUGGGAGCGCCAUUGCGAUUCAGAUACUGAGCCAUGGGUUCUUGCCGCUCUGGGCUGGAGUUCUGAUUACGGCUUUGGAUUGUUUCAUCUUUUUAUUUCUUGAGAACUAUGGGGUGAGGAAGUUGGAAGGUGUGUUUGCAGUUCUCAUAGCAACUAUGGGUUUAUCGUUUGCCUGGAUGUUUGUUGACACAAAACCGAGUGGGAAAGAACUUUUAAUGGGUAUUGUGGUUCCAAGACUUAGCUCGAAAACAAUUCGGCAGGCGGUAGGAGUUGUGGGUUGUGUCAUUAUGCCACACAACGUAUUCUUGCAUUCUGCUUUGGUACAGUCAAGAAAUAUUGAUCCGAACAAGAAAGGACGGGUUCAAGAGGCACUAAACUACUACUCAAUUGAGUCAUCAAUUGCACUUUUGAUCUCCUUGAUGAUCAAUUUGUUUGUCACCACAGUUUUCGCCAAGGGAUUUUAUGGUACUAAACAAGCAGAAAGUAUAGGACUGGUAAAUGCAGGUCAGUAUCUUCAGGAGAAGUAUGGAGGAGGGCUUUAUCCGAUUCUUUAUAUCUGGGGUAUUGGGUUGCUGGCGGCUGGACAAAGUAGCACAAUAACUGGAACGUAUGCUGGGCAGUUUAUAAUGGGAGGCUUCCUUAAUCUUCGUUUGAAGAAGUGGCUGAGGGCAUUGAUCACGCGGAGUUUUGCAAUUGUGCCAACUAUAGUUGUAGCAAUUAUCUUUAAUAGAUCUGAGGCUUCGUUGGAUGUUUUGAAUGAAUGGCUUAAUGUGCUUCAGUCGAUUCAGAUUCCUUUUGCCCUUAUACCACUUCUUACCUUGGUGUCCAAGGAGCAGGUCAUGGGGGUCUUCAAGAUUGGACCUGGUCUCGAGAAAGUGGCAUGGACUGUGGCGGUUUUGGUGAUGGUGAUCAAUGGUUAUCUGUUGUUGGAUUUCUUCAUUUCUGAAGUCAGAGGAGUGUUGUUUGCUCUUGUGGUCUGCAGUGGCACAGCUGCGUAUAUAACAUUUAUUGUAUAUCUUGUUUCGCGGAGUGGUGCCCUCCCUCCUACUUUUUUCAGUUCACUGUUCAAGAGGUUUGCAGAUUCAGGUAACUGAAUCAACAUCCACACGAUUGCAAGGAGCACGGAACAUCUGAGUUGUGUUGCGGACCAAAUCAAGCCAGUUAGGUGCGAGGGUCCUCUAUACUUUCAGGAGUGAAGCUCUUUCGACAUAACAUUCUCUAACCUUGGUGCAUUUGUAAGAGUUACAUCUUUCUGAAUCGUCAAAAUAUCCAGACUCGUUAAAAAUGAGUAUACAAAUUUAGACAACUGAACACCGUUGCAUUAUGGAGCUACACACAAUCAUCUUGUACAUGUCGAUAAGUGAAAACAGAAAGUAUUCUUUUCUCCAGUUUAGUGGACGGACAAAGCAUCGUUGCAAUAUUCGGGAUGGAUUUCUUUCCAUGUAACUGAUGUAACUUUCGCCUCUUUAAAAUUUUGCUAUCAGAACGAAUUGCUUUGUUAUUCUUGAGGGAACAGUUUUAUCUUGUACCAUAGUGAAACCGGUAAAUUCUUGUUAUUCUGAGGGUAUCGGUGAAUACAAAAUGAGGAAGUGAAGUUUGCAGAUGUG